AUGACGGCCCUUACAACUACUCAAACGCGCUCACACGCGGGUCACUCUCACCAUCACCAUCAUGAUAAUACAUACCUUACCUCGACAAACAAGAACGAUGCCGGUGUGCGGAUUACACGAAUUGGACUGUACUCGAAUUUGGGCAUGGCAGUUGCCAAAGGGGUUGGAGGAUAUAUGUUUAACUCUCAAGCCAUGUUGGCAGAUGCCUGGCAUAGCGUCACUGAUCUUGCUAGUGAUAUACUUACAUUGGCGACAGUGUCCUGGAGUCUCAAACCCCCGACGGAACUCUUCCCAACAGGCUUUGGAAAGGUCGAAAGCUUAGGGUCCUUGGGUGUCAGUGGCAUGCUUCUCUUUGGAGGAAUGUUCAUGUGUUUGAAUAGCUCCGAAAUACUAUAUGCGCACUUCUUUCUGGAUGCUCAUGCGGCCGCGGAAGCAGCCGCGCAUGCACAUGGCCACAGUCAUAGCCACGGAGCGUCAUUGCCCAGUUUACAUGCUGCUUGGUUAGCUGCUGGUACUAUUAUAGUCAAGGAAUAUCUAUACCAAGCAACGAUGAAAGUAGCACGAGAAAGGAAAAGCUCGGUUCUAGCCAGUAAUGCGGUUCAUCACAGAGUAGACUCCCUUACCGGCAUAGUUACCCUUUUCGCGAUUCUUGGGGCAAAUUUCCUACAAGGGGCAGCUUGGUUAGAUCCUGUUGGGGGGUUCCUCAUAUCACUCCUCGUUAUCAAGGCUGGAUGGGGAAAUACUGUCUCAGCGAUAUACGAAUUGGCAGAUAGGGGGAUUGACUCUGAAGUCAAGGACUCUGUUACAAGGGCAGUCAAGAAGAGUCUCCUCAUUCUAACGGAAGGGUCAGAAGUGGAGUUGCGCGAAGUCGAGGGUGUUAAGUCCGGUCAGAACUAUCUGGUGGAGCUCCAGCUUGCCGUGCCAAAGGUAUGGACAGUUGAGAAAGUUAGAGAAGUAGAGGACAGUAUCAGACAAAUGGUUGGUUCGAAGGUUCGUGGUGUUCGACGAGUCAAAGUACGUUUCGUACCAAAGGAUGAAGCUAAACCUUCCCUCUUCGACGAAUUCAUCGGUGGAGAUGUGAGUCCACGAGAGAGUCCUGAACCCGAAGAGCACGAUCACGAUGACCAUAAUGGACAUGCCCAUAGCAAUGACAACAAGAAAAUACUAUAG